AAUUAGCUAAAAAAACAAAAUAGCUUCAAAUGACAUUGGAGAUGCUCUAUCUCUCGCUCUCCCCUAAGCUAUCCGAAACUGAGAGUGGCAAUUGAAAGCUCCUCAUCUUUAUGCUCCUUCAUCCCAUCGAGCCAAAAUCAUCAAACUAAGCAAUGUUCAUGAGCUGCCACAUAAUAUGAAGCUGCAUCAUUGGCCGAGAAGUUCAGUUAUUGCAGCUAAAAGAAAUGGGGUUCUUUCCCGCAAUUCUGUGAACAACUCCCAGGAUGCUUCCCAACUGAAGCUGUGUCUUGAGGAAUCCGUAUCGAAAUUGCUCAACAGAAGAUGGACAUUAGAAAAUCCAGAUACCAAAGUUCACCAAAUUACAGUUUCAAUGAAGGAAACAACAUCAAGGAGUGGGAUUUUUGGUAAUGUGAACUUUUCAAUAGAUGCAUAUCCUAAAUUGGGUGAUGCUAUGUUGGAUGAAAGAGGCAAAGACCCUUUGUUUUACGUCGUAAGAGAUGAUCUGUUGCACCCGUUUGUCAACGGAAACAAAGCAAGGAAACUGGAUGUUUUACUUCCUAUAAUUGAAGAUUGCUUGGGCACUGAUGUGGUUACCUGUGGAGGGUGUCAAAGUGCACAUACAGCUGCUGUGGCCGUCUCAUGCGCUGAAAGAGGUCUAAGAUCACAUUUGCUUCUUCGAGGUGAACAACCAGAGAUUAUGACUGGAUACAACCUUAUAUCAUCUAUUUACGGAAAUGUUAUAUAUGUGCCGAGAUCACUCUAUGCCAAGAGGGAAGAAAUGCUUCUUAGGCAUGCAAAUGUCAUUGCAGGUCCCAAUGGUUCCGUGGUGUGGCUCAAUGAUAUUAUUGAUAGUUUCACUGAUUUACCGAGUGGGACGAAUUGCAUGCAAACAAAUGCAAAUAGAAGUACGGAAGAUGGCACGAGGAAAGUCGUAAUUGUUAAGGAGGGUGCAGGGGAUGCCGUGGCAUUGUUUGGGAUCAUUCGCCAAGUGAAGUACUUAUCCCAGAGCCAUAUACUUGGAAAAAAGAGGCCAUAUAACUUUGUGAUCGAUGCAGGGACCGGGACAACAGCAGUUGGUUUUGCCCUUGGAGCAUUAAUUCUUGGGCUGCCGUGGAAGGUAACCUCUGUAAUGCUGGCUGAUACGUUGGACGGAUACAAGAAACAGGAAAAGCGUCUGAUUUCAGAUUUUAAAAGAUAUGCAGCAUCUGAUCUUAUUAGCAAUUAUGAGUUGAAGAAUGACCUCGUUCAGUGGGUGCACCGUGAAACUCCAAGAAAAUUUGGCAAUGUAAUGGAGGGAGAAAUCAAGGCUUGUCAACAAGUAGCUAACCAAACAGGAGUACCUGUUGAUCCAAUAUACACUUUGGCAGCAUGGGAGUUAGCCGUUCGCUUAAGCCAGCAGCAAUCAGACAAAGGAGCAAAGGUGGUAAUGCUGCAUACAGGAGGCACCCUUGGCAUGUUUGGACUAGCACAAAGAUACAAAUCCUACUUUAGUACACUUAAAGGAUAAGAGUUACACUUCAUUUAUGACCUGAAACAGUGAAAUUCAUUCAAAUUUUGCUGAGAAAAAUACAGGGUUUUUUUUUCCUUUUUUCUGGGUAAUGUAGUGCCCAAAUUGAAGUUGGAACAGUCAGUAAAAUUGAAUAUAACAUUAUUUUCUAAAUAGGUUUCUUCUGACUUUUC